AUGGCGACGGGGAGGCCGUGGCUGGGCAUGGCGGUCGUUUGGGUGGCCUUCCGCGCCGGGUUUUCGGGCGCCCAGAGCUUCUUCCUCCCGCUGCGCGAGCCCCAGAGCUGUGGGGCGACCCAGUACUUCGACGUCGCCAGCUUGGCUUGCGGCCCGUGUGGACCGGCCCAGAGAAAGAGCCCGCGGGGUACUUCAUGCUCCUGUCUACCAGGAUUCAAGUUGGUUUCUGAUAAUGGUGGCGCUUCCAUUACCUGUGAAAAAUGUCCAGAAACUAAGAGUGGUGUCACUCAAGAUGGAUGGAACUGCAUUGCUUGCCCUAAAGGUGUAACUGCUGAAGGAAAAUGUAAAUGUGCUGCUAAUGAGAUUUUAGUGGAAAGGGCCACUAAUGGUGCAUUGUUGGAUGCUGCAUCAUGUGUUCAGUGUGAAGGAACAGAGUCGUCAUUUGCCACAUCAAAUGUGCUAGGUAACAUGUGCAUCAGAUGUGAACCAACAUUUAUCAGUGCAAGCAAGUCUUGUCAUUGUUCUGGAGGAAAUAUUUUAACAGGAGGUUUAUGUUUUAGCACCACUGGAAAUUUUCCUCCAAAGGGAAUUGCAACUGUACGUUUUGGAAAGCUAGGCAUUACCUUGAUCUCAGCAUGGUUUCUGAAAAACCUGCAGGCAUCAGCGGCUGCUUGCUUGCUGUACUCCAACCUAACAUCUUGCCAAGCGCUUGGAAAUAUGUGUGUAAUGAACAUGAAUUACUUAAGCUCUGCCAGCACCGAUGCAUGUGGCCUAUUUCAAUAUGUCUUUGCAAAUACGGCUGGACUUGGCACUGUUCAUUCAAUAUCCUUCUGGAGACAGAACCUUCCGUGGCUUUACUAUGGUGACCAGCCAGGAUUAGCAUUGCAGGUUCUUGACACAGCUGAGUUUCCUUCUAGUUUUACUUUUAAAGGAACAAAUAAGAACAUAAAAUUGCAGUUUGUUGCAGCUUCAUAUGAUGCAGGGGGAAAUUUUCUUAAAUGGCAGUAUUUAGAAAGUGGUGUUUUUCAGCUUUGCCCUGACACACUGAUGAAACUGAAUGCUGCUUACAUUUUUGGGACAACUUACCAACAAAAAUGUACAAUUUCUGUUUCAAGAAUUUUAAAGGAUUAUUCUGAUCCUGUGUUUUAUGAUGUGUUUCUUGAAUAUACUGAUGAAGAAGAUGGACAGCAAUACCUUUGGGCAGUACCAGUUUUAAAUUUAAACCUUCAGUAUAAUGAAAUGUUUGUGAACCAAGGUAGUAAUAUAAAUAGCUGGUUCUUAACACGUCGAAUGUUUUUGGUGGAUACUUUAAGUGGGCGUGAAAGUGACUUGGGAAACCAUCCAAAAGUAGUCCGAAUUGCUAGCGAAAUAAAAAUAAGUAUUCGUCUUGUGCCUAACACUCAGAGAGGAGCCAUCUACCCCCCUCUCAUUACAGUUUCCUACAGCGAUGUUCUCAUCCAAAAUCCCAAUACUCAAAAUGUGGUGGUUUCCUUCUCAGUCAACUAUGAAAUGAACCAGUCAGAGGCUCACACUCAAACAAAUAUAGCACUGGGUGUUCUAGGUGGGCUGGCAGUUCUAUGGUCCCUUCUCAAGACUGCUGGCUGGAAGAGACGUAUAGGGAGUCCCAUGAUUGAUUUGCAGACAGUUUUGAAAUUCUUGCUGUUCUACGCUGGGGACCUUGCAAAUGUUUUCUUCAUCAUCACAGUGGGAACAGGGAUUUACUGGCUUAUAUUCUUCAAAGGACAACAGUAUAUUUCUGUUCUCUUACCUCUGCCAACUCAAGAAGAUGAUUUUGUUUCUUACGUUGGAUGUGGUUUCACUCUGAAGGUGAUACAGUUUUUGCACAUGCUUGCUACUCAACUUACGAUAGAUAUCUUCUUUAUUGAUUGGGAGCGUCCUAAAGGAAAAGUUCUUAAAGCAGUUGAAGGAGAAAAUGGCAUAAAGAGUACUGCUGCGCCUGUCAGCAUAUGGAGAACCUAUUUUAUAGCAAAUGAGUGGAAUGAAAUUCAGACCAUCAGGAAAAUAAAUCCUCUCUUUCAAGUGCUAGCUGUUCUCUUCUUUUUAGAGGUUGUGGGGUUCUCAAACCUGGCUUUAAUGGAUUCUUCUUCCAGUCUUAGUAGGAACCCUGAAAGUUACAUAGCUCCUUGGAGCCGAAUUCUAAGAUACGGUGUGACUGCUGUCCUCUGGCUAGUCAUUGCCAUAAUACAGAUGGCAUACUUUUCUGUCUUUUAUGAAAGAUUUAUAGAAGAUAAGAUAAGGCAGUUUGUUGACUUGUGCUGUAUGAGCAAUAUUUCGGUUUUUCUGUUGUCAAACAGAUGCUUUGGAUAUUACAUUCAUGGUCGUUCUGUGCAUGGCCAUGCAGAUACCAAUAUGGAAGAAAUGAAUAUGAACCUAAAGAGAGAAGCGGAGAAUCUGUGUAGUCAAAGAGGUUUAGUGCCGAAUACGGAUGGCCAAACAUUUCAGAUUUCUAUUUCAAGCAAGAUGAGGCAGCAAUAUGACAGAAUUCAUGAAAUAUUAACAAGAAGACAUGGCCCUGUGAGGCUUCUGAAUUCUUCUACAACUACAUUCGAACAGAGCACUAAAGCAUACCAUACCAUGAAUAAAUUUCUUGGCUCUUUCAUUGAUCAUGUUCAUAAGGAAAUGGAUUACAUUGUAAAGGACAAAUUGUUAUUAGAACGAAUUCUUGGAAUGGAGUUUAUGGAACCAAUGGACAAGAGCAUCUUUUACAAUGACGAAGGGCAUUCUUUCAGUGAUACUCUUUAUUACGGCAAUGAAGCCACUCUCCUCAUUUUUGAUAUGCUGUUUUUUGCAGUUGUGGAUAUGGCUACCCAGAGUUUUGUUUUAGCAGCUGUUCUGACAUAUUUACAGCAAGAGAUUUUUAGGUUUAUUCGGAAUACAGUUGGACAGAAGAAUUUGGCAUCCAAAACUUUGGUGGAUGAAAGAUUUCUUAUAUAAACCAGUGGGAAACGACUCUAUCCACAAAUUAAUCAUGGCAUAGGAAGUCACCAAAA